AUCAUUAGUUUGAGUUUUGUUGUGCAGACAAUUAUUUAACUAAUUUACCCUUUUUGCUUAUAAUCUACUUCUCCGAGUGAUUUAGGUCCUCUCAAUAAAAAUUAGUCAAAAUGCCUAUCGAUAUGGUAUCGUUUGCUAAAGAUUUUAUGGCCGGUGGUAUUUCUGCAGCCAUUUCCAAAACCGCUGUAGCUCCAAUUGAGAGAAUCAAGCUUCUAUUACAAGUUCAACAUGCUUCUAAACAAAUUGCCGAAGCUCAACGAUACAAGGGUAUUGUGGAUGCUGCUGUUCGGAUUCCAAGAGAACAAGGUUUCCUUAGUUUCUGGAGAGGAAAUUUGGCUAAUGUUAUUCGGUAUUUUCCAACCCAAGCGCUUCAUUUUGCUUUCAAAGAUAAAUACAAGCAAAUUUUCCUCGGAGGAGUAGACAAGAAUAAGCAAUUCUGGAGAUAUUUCGCCGGUAAUUUAGCUUCUGGUGGAGCUGCUGGUGCAACAUCAUUAUGUUUCGUAUAUCCACUUGAUUUUGCUCGUACUCGAUUGGCUGCUGAUGUUGGUAAACCUGGUGCUAAAAGACAAUUCAAUGGAUUAGUCGAUUGUAUUAGCAGGACUCUAAAAUCUGAUGGAUACUUAGGUCUUUACAGAGGUUUUGUUUGUUCUGUCCAAGGUGCUAUCAUCUACCGAGGCGCUUAUUUCGGUAUCUAUGACACUGCUAAAGGUAUGUUACCAGAUCCCAAGAAGACACCAAUUGUCAUCUCAUGGCUUAUUGCCCAAGCUGUAACAACUGUAUCUGGAGUUAUUUCAUAUCCAUUUGAUACCGUACGUCGACGAAUGAUGAUGCAAAGUGGUUUACCUCCUGCAGAACGAAUGUACAAGAGCACAGCACAUUGUUGGGGAAAGAUUGCUAAAACUGAAGGUUCAAAGGCUUUCUUCAAGGGAGCUUUGUCUAAUGUAUUAAGAGGAACUGGUGGAGCUUUCGUAUUAGUGUUAUACGACGAGAUCAAGGUUUUACUUGAAUUAGUCAAAAUGCCUAUCGAUAUGGUAUCGUUUGCUAAAGAUUUUAUGGCCGGUGGUAUUUCUGCAGCCAUUUCCAAAACCGCUGUAGCUCCAAUUGAGAGAAUCAAGCUUCUAUUACAAGUUCAACAUGCUUCUAAACAAAUUGCCGAAGCUCAACGAUACAAGGGUAUUGUGGAUGCUGCUGUUCGAAUUCCAAGAGAACAAGGUUUCCUUAGUUUCUGGAGAGGAAAUUUGGCUAAUGUUAUCCGAUAUUUCCCAACUCAAGCUCUUAACUUUGCUUUCAAGGACAAAUAUAAGCAAGUUUUCCUCGGAGGAGUAGACAAGAAUAAGCAAUUCUGGAGAUAUUUCGCCGGUAAUUUAGCUUCUGGUGGAGCUGCUGGUGCAACAUCUUUAUGUUUCGUAUAUCCACUUGAUUUUGCUCGUACUCGAUUGGCUGCCGAUGUCGGUAAAGCCGGUGGUACUAGACAAUACAACGGUUUAGUAGAUUGUAUUGGUAAAACCUUAAAAUCUGAUGGUUAUUUGGGUCUUUACAGAGGUUUCGUUGUAUCUGUCCAAGGUAUCAUUAUCUACCGAGCUGCUUACUUCGGUUUCUUUGACACUGCCAAGGGUAUGUUACCAGAUCCCAAGAAGACACCAAUUGUCAUCUCAUGGCUUAUUGCCCAAGCUGUAACAACUGUAUCUGGAGUUAUUUCAUAUCCAUUUGAUACCGUACGUCGACGAAUGAUGAUGCAAAGUGGUUUACCUCCUGCAGAACGAAUGUACAAGAGCACAGCACAUUGUUGGGGAAAGAUUGCUAAAACUGAAGGUUCAAAGGCUUUCUUCAAGGGAGCUUUGUCUAAUGUAUUAAGAGGAACUGGUGGAGCUUUCGUAUUAGUGUUAUAUGAUGAAAUCAAGGCUUUACUUUAAGUACAUAUUAAAUUAGGGAUAUUUUGAUUUGGUGGACAAGACCAUCUUCGUAAAACGAAAAAGCUCGUAAUCAUUAUCUCCAUUUAAGAAACAAACCAUAAAAAAAUCGUAAAAUUCUAAAGCGACUUUUAUUGCAAUUCCAAUGUUCAUUAUUGAAUUCGAGUGAAAGUUCAUUCUAUUAUUUACCACUUCUCUAACUUCUUGUUUUUCCAAUAGCCGCUGUUAAUACAUCAUUCAGCAUACCGCCCAUCAGCACCUCACUCGAUGAAUCUUAAUUUAAAAUCGUAAAUAAAUUCAACAUUGGUUUACA